GCAGCAAGCACAAACUCCAUGUAAAGGAUCAACUAGCAAACAAUUCUACACCGAAAAAGUUUCAUUUCCUUACCAUCCUCUUCCAAAACCUCAUCAGCAUCAUCUCCUUCUAAAACAAACUCCAGCAAUAUGAAGACUCCAAUGCUCUUCGCAAUCCUCUCGUUCGCUCAAAUUCUUCUCAUCGCCUUCCUCCCAUUUGCAUCCGCCGACCUCGUCGACGACACGUGCAAGAAGACGCCGUACAGCAACUUCUGUGUCUCGGCUCUCAGAUCUGACCGCCGGAGCGCCACUGCGUACACCGCAACCCUAGGCCUAAUCAUGGUCGACAAGGUCGACGCGAACGCCGAGGUAACUCUGGCCAAAAUCCAGGACUUGCUCCGCGGAUCCCCCAACCCAGGGACGAAGCAAGCGCUGACCUUUUGCGAGGGGUCAUACAAAUUUGCCAGAAGCGAGUUGGUGCCCUCGAGCAAGGAUAGUUUUACAGGAAGCGUGUACAAAUUCGCCGUGGACAACAUGAAGCGAGCCGCGAGUCAGGCGUCCGAAUGCGAGGCGGGCUUUGGAGGCAAGUCGCCAUUAUCGGACUCGAACGAUUAUGAGAACAAGGCCGCCUCGGUGGCUUCCGCCAUAGCCAGUUUACUGCUGUGAGCAAUGAAUGAUCAGUGAGAUGGUUUGUUAGAUUAAUAAAGGUUGUAGAAGAAAUGUUUUGCUUGGAAGCAAAAUGAAAACUUUACCGUAAUGUUUCUUAAUGGAAGUGCAGUUUUUGUCUGAUAA